AUGAAGCCGAGCACCGUUCGCGUCGUCGGUGCAGAUGCCGUGGGCAAGACGAGCUUCGUGCUGGCUUUAGGGGCCAUGGAACAGACGCCACAGCGCUACAUUUGGCCACGGAAUGGACGGCGUGAGAAGACGAUGGUGCACAUUGUGCGCAGUCGAGAGGAGGUCGCGUUCAACUGGGACGAUACUGGCCACGACGAGACGGAGGAUGUCGAAGAAGUCGUUGUGCUGCUCUUUGACCUCACACGGCGGGACUCGCUCGCCGCUGUUGUAGCGCAGUGGAAUCACUUGUUGGAUAUCGUUGGACGGAAGUCGCUGCUACUGGUGGGAACGCACGCGGACUGUACGAGCACGCGAAGCGUGACGCCAGCAGAAGUGCGUGAGAUCUCGGGGGAUUUCCACGCCUACGAGGAGGUGUGCUGUCGUCCGGGGCAGUCUGGAGACAAGGGCAUGCUCCGUGUCCAGCUCACGUUGACUCAAUGGAUCAGUGGUGGACCUGCGAAGAUGGCGAGCGGUCUCCCGUUUGCUCGAGCUUCAAUUUGCGGCGGCUUUCCCCGACCUGUCGUGACCAUGAUGAUGCCUGCUGGUGCCGCCCGCAGUUUGCCUCGAUCGCCGACAAGUCUGCAGCAUUCGAGAAGGCAUGUAGCAGAUGUGCAGCUGUCGACUGAAGACGAGUCGUCCCGCCUUGAAGCGGUGGUAGGUCCAGGAGAUGGCGACGUCAAGCUACGCACGAUCUCGAAAGCGAUCUAUGACAUCCGCAGUGCAGUUGCUGAGAAGAGCAAAGUGCUGGCGAAGUAUCGCGACCGACAAGUGACUCAUUGGCUCACACGCAGCCGGUACUUUGGCCCGACAGAGAGCAGUCGCCACAAGCGGUGGCAUGAAGAGCAGAAGAAACGGCAGCUCCUGACUCAAUGUCACGUACACUACCACGACGGCGGUCACAUGUUGCGUCAGUCGAAUAACCUCGAUGCUUGUGCGCAGGACGCACGUGGACGGAGUGUUAGCUACCCCAACAAAUGCGAGGUACCGGGUCAAAAAUCUUCGACACAGCGCGACCCAGCGCACUUUUCGAGCCCAAGCUCGAGUGAGGGCGAAGAGAGCCCAGCAAUAUGCUCGGAGCCAAAGGGGUUUGCGCAGCUUACCGAGCUUACGAAACAACGGCAGCUCGAAGCAGAGGCUGCACAAGAGCAGAAGAAACGGCUCGCUGCUAAACGUGCAUUGCGGAAGCAAAGGCGUGCAACCUCUGACGACAUUUACGAGCAAAGCACCGCCCCUCCUGCGAUCUUUGACUCGUAUUUGAACUGCUACGACGAGAUGGACGUGCCCUCCCAGCCGCAGUCUUCUUUGCUCUCGCUGGACCAACGGAAGUCAAUGACAAGACCGUCACUAGCGUCAACGACGAGCAGGAAAAGCUUUACCAGCCGAGACCGCACGUCUCUCGAGAUGGGCAGCACGACGUUAGCCGGAACGCAGCACUCGAUCGAGCGAUUGUCCCUUGAAGCUGAACCAGUGAACUCUAUGCCAACGCCCGCGCAGUUCCUGCCUCCCCUCCCUUAUAUUAUGGAUCCACCAGCUCCGUCAUUGGUGCAAAGCCACCAUAGUGCUCCUAGUAGCCUCGAGCAUCGCAUUGUGCAUGAUCCAGUGCCGACUUCGACUACAUCGGACAAGGCGCAUGCAGCAUUCGUGAUGUCUCCAUCAAGUCCAGCUCCUGCACCUGCCGACACCGUUUCUUCCAUGUCUACUGAACAACGUGCUAUCAAAUGCAGCAACAGCUUGCAAACUGUUGACUGCAGCAACAUCGCCAAGAUCUCCGAGCACUUUGAAGACCUGACGCUGCCUAAAUCUAAUUCCCACAACUGA